AUGCUGAUCGACGGAUCCAAGAUGGAGGGAGGAGGGCAGGUUGUUCGAGUUGCGAGUGCAAUAUCUGCUUUGCUGGGGAUUUCUAUCAGAAUCAACAAGAUUCGUGCUGGUCGGUCCAAACCCGGGUUGGCGGCACAGCAUGCGGCAGGGUUGAAGCUCGUGGCGGCUCUUUGCUCGGGGGUGCUGCAGGACUGUAAAAUCGGAAGUGACUCUAUCCUCCUGGAGCCUCGAAAGAUUUCGAGCGGUACAAGUUUCAUGGCAGAUGCUGUCACCGCUGGAAGCUGUACGCUCCUCCUGCAAAGUGUCCUUCCGUGCUGUGUGGUGCGUGACGAUGAAAGGGCCAUCCACGUGGUUUUGCGAGGCGGAACGAACGUUGCCUUCUCCCCUCCAAUCGACUACACUAUACACGUUGCUCUCCCCCUCAUGCGGCGGCUCACAGGCAUGGAAGCCUCCGUGUCUCUCAAGCGGCGAGGCUUCUUUCCUCGAGGAGGAGGUGAAAUCACCCUCACUGUCAGUCCGAAGGAGCGUCUUGCUGCCUUUCGGAUGCUGGAGAGAGGAGAUGUUGUUGAGCUGCAAGGGAUAGUGCUGGGGAGUGAACAAACGCUCAAGGAGCUUCAGUCGUCUCUUCUGCAGACGCUGAGAGAAGAACCCGCUCUGGGCAAUCUCUCCCUUCAGCUAAGUCAGGAGGUCAUCGCGGCAUCUGUUUCAUCCGCAGCAGUGGUCAUUUGGGCAAAGACAGAGGGAGGAUGCGUCCUGGGAGCGAGUGCUUUGAGCGAGAAGCGGGUCAACCCUCAUCAGCUGGCAGGGCAGGCGGUCGAGAGCUUGCGAGAGUCUCUUUCGCACGGAGGAUGCGUCGAUGAGCACAUGCAGGACCAGGCAAACAGCUUCGCGUCCUCUUGUGCAUGA